AUGUCAACCGCCGCCGAUGCCAAGCCUCCCUCCACGAGGUCCUCCCAGGCCCCGUCAAUUAAGUCGGUCGAUAUCCCGCCCAGGUCUCCCAACCUGAACGGUUUGACCGAGCAGCCCGCAAAGCCCGUGGAGAAGGCGUCUGUAAAAGACCGUCUGACGCGCAUGUUCUCGACCAGAGACGCUGCCUCUCGCGCCGCAUCCACCGACGGCAAGCCCACUCCCAGCACCGGCACCCCUGGCAACACUUCCCCGCCGCCCUCGAGGCCCUCGGCCCCAGAACGUAAGGGUUCGAUUGCGUCAGACAAGUCGCCUGCCCCGACCACUGCGACAGCGAGCAAGUCCAAAUUGGCAAACGGCAAGGAUGGCCACUUGCAGCGCUUCAUGCUUCUCCCAGAUCCUCCCGGAGGACACGAGCACCACCUCAAGUCGUCGCGUCGCCAGGAGAGGUUAACCGACAUGAUCAAGGGGCUGCUCGGCCGGAAGUCUGAACCGCAGCAUGCGGCGCCCGAGAAUGACCUUUCGCUCGUCUCCAACUGGGUCGACAAUCUGAAGCGGGAAAAGGAAGGAGGCUCUUCGGCUUCGGACAAGAAGGCGGCGAACGGAGCCGGUGGCUUGGUGGAGAAGUACGGCAAGUGCCAGGAGGUGGUGGGCCGCGGCGCUUUCGGCAUCGUGAGAAUUUCCCACAAGAAGAUGGAGAAUGGUGUCGGCGAGAAGCUGUUCGCCGUCAAGGAGUUCCGCAGGCGUCCAGAGGAGACCGAAAAGAAGUAUAGCAAACGUCUUACGGCCGAGUUCUGCAUCUCUUCGUCUCUCCGCCAUCCCAACGUCAUCCACACGCUGGACCUGGUUAAGGACUCAAAGGGCGACUAUUGCGAGGUGAUGGAGUUCUGCGCCGGUGGUGAUCUUUACACCCUUGUCCUGGCGGCAGGCAAGCUCGAGGUUCAGGAGGCGGACUGCUUCUUCAAGCAGAUGAUGCGUGGCGUGGAAUACAUGCACGAGAUGGGAGUUGCCCAUCGCGAUCUGAAGCCAGAAAACUUGCUUCUCACCACCAACGGCGGGCUCAAAAUUACGGAUUUCGGAAACGGAGAGUGUUUCCGCAUGGCCUGGGAGAACGAUGCGCACAUGGUGUCGGGCUUGUGCGGCUCGGCCCCUUACAUUGCUCCAGAGGAGUACAUCGACAGGGAAUUUGAUGCCCGCGCUGUGGACGUCUGGGCUUGCGGUGUCAUUUACAUGGCUAUGCGGACUGGUCGUCACCUCUGGCGUGUGGCCAAGAAGGACGAGGAUGAAUUCUAUGAUCGGUACCUUGAAGGACGGAGGGAUGAAGCGGGCUAUGGCCCGAUAGAGUCGUUGCACAGGGCCCGCUGCAGGAAUGUGAUUUACUCCAUCCUCGACCCAAAUCCGUCUAGAAGAAUCACAGCCUCGCAAGUCCUCAAAUCUGAGUGGGGCCGUGAGAUAAAACUGUGCAAGGCUGGUGAAGAAGGUCUUUAA